UUUAAUUAAUUUAAUAUACAACAAUGGAUUCACUUGAAAUUUAUCUAGCCCAUAACUCUCAGUGAUUGUGUUCAUUACUCGACCAAUGUUAAAAUAAUAUUUUUUGUUUUUACUUAUUAAAAUUUAUAUGCCAUCAUGUUACGUACUGCAUUUUUAUUAAAUUUGUUUGUGGCAACAUGUUUUACAACUUCAAUAGCUGCCAACGAUUGGAUUUUCACUUUUAACAAUACAGACAGAGAGUUGGAAAUGGGCAGCUGUACAAAAAUAGUAUUCUACGCACAGACAAAUGCAUCCUGGGAGAACGAAGAUUUUUAUCUUCAAGUAAUUAGUUCUGAUGAGGAUGUAGCAUAUCCUAGUAGGCAUUAUUUUGAAUUACCACAAAAUAAUACUAUUCCGUCAAAUUCGUGGAAAAAUUCUUUUAAUUUAACUUCUGAGUUUCUUGGGUACACAAAAUUGUACUUUCAAGUAGUAAAAUUAGAAAAUAAUACAUAUUUUGUUUUAAAUUCAAGCGAUGUUCACAUGAACAUCAAAGUAAUUCGUAAACCACAACUGAUUGAUAAGAUAUUUGUCAUUUGUGUUGCUGUUUUGAUGACUAUUAUAUUUAUUAACUUAGGAUGUGCUCUAGAUGUAGAACAACUUAAACUGUCGGUUAGAAAACCAAUCGCUCCUGCAGUUUCAUUUUUUGCUCAGUUCCUUAUCUUACCAAUAUUAAGUUUUUUUUAUGCUAAGCUAAUAUUCCCAAAUUCAGUUUCAAUGCAAUUGGGCUUGUUUUUUACGGGAAUAAGUCCUGGAGGAGGUGCAUCUAGUGUAUGGUCCCUUCUUCUAGAUGGAAAUAUUAAUCUUAGCAUUGUCCUGACAACCAUUGGAACUUUGGAAUCAUUUAUAAUGAUACCAUUUUGGAUUGUGUUUCUCGGUAAACGUAUCUUUUCUGUGGGUGAAAUGCCUGUUCCUUAUUCCCGAAUUGGAUUCUCUAUUAUUGCAUUAAUUAUUCCUUUGUGUAUUGGUUAUUGUAUUCAGCGUUUUAUGCCCAGAGUUAGUCGAGUUAUGACACGUAUACUGAAACCAUUGUCUAGCUGUUUGAUAAUAUUUAUAAUUAUCUUUGCCACAGUCACUAACUUGUACCUGUUCAAAAUUUUUUCUUGGAAAAUAAUUUUAGCUGGUGCAGUAAUACCAUGGACAGGUUAUUUGAUAGGAUUAAUAACAUCUAUCUUAGCAUGUCUACCUACACCUGACAUAGUUUCCAUGACAGUUGAAUCUGGUAUACAGAACACUGGUAUUGCCAUAUUCAUGUUAAAAUUUUCUCUGGGACAGCCAGCCGCAGAUAUAACGACUGUUAUACCAGUUGCUGUUGCAUUAAUGACCCCCAUACCCUUACUAAUCGCUUUUAUAAUAAAAAAGUGUUUUGGAAAAAAAGAUGGAAUAGUUAAUAUUCAAGAUCCAGCCACUGAAUCAAUGUUAAACAAAAGAGAAUGUGAAGAAGUUCCACCAGCAAAUUCUGAGCAUGAAAAUAAACUAGCAUGAAUAUUACUAAUAAGACUAUUAUAAUAUCAAACAAUGUUAUAGUUACUCUGUUAAUAUUUUAUCUUGUGUUUAUGGAUUAU